AUGUCCUCUCACGCGCCCGACCGGGCAAGCAAUAACGAUCCUAGUCAUGAACCCACCGAGCCCACACAAGUCGAGUCUGACUUCUGUGGCGAGGCUUUUCCCGCUCAUACCGCCCCGCAAGAAGCUCAACUCACUGCCGAAGAAGAGAUGAUUAUCCUGCUCAUGCACCCUCUCAUUCCCGGGCUCUUUCUGGGAACUAUCUUCGCCUACACUUGGGAAAUGCAGGGAAUUGUACUCGCAUCCACGCGCUAUACGGCCUGGGGUGAGAUGCUUACCCUCAUCGAAAAAGCAAGGAACAUGUGCCGUGGCAUCUUCCAGUUCCCUGGCUUCGUCUGUCUUUGCCUGGAAAACGGGAUGUUCAGUCAUGGACACCUUGCCGUGCUCCCGAAUAACCCGUAA